UUGAGACAGGAGGAAACUAUGUUCGCAACAUCUUGUGUUCCGUCUCCAACACCACAAAGCUUCUUCCUUUCGCCUCAUCUUCCUCAAAUUCAAUUCCUUUAUCCGAUAAAAUUUCUGGGUUUUCCUGUAACGAAUCGGUGCAACGUCGGCGGUUCGUUCUAUAACCGACGGAGAUGUGAUGAAAGACGAAGGAGGAAUCGAAUCAUAGUACCUCGAGCUAGAGCGUCCUCUCCUUACGAGGUUCUUGGUGUGUCUCCAUCAGCGACUCCUCAAGAUAUAAAGAGGGCUUACCGCAAACUUGCUCUCAAGUAUCACCCUGAUGUUAACAAAGAGGCGAAUGCGCAGGAGAAGUUUCUGAGGAUAAAACAUGCGUACACCACAUUGAUUAACUCUGAGUCACGGCGUAAGUACGGUUCAGAUACUCGUGCUUCUGGUUACUCCUCUACUGGUCAAACAAGCCGGAAAAGCAACAGUCAAGUCGAGGAAGAUUUCUAUGGACUUGGGGAUUUCUUUAAAGAUCUUCAAGAAGAGUUCAAGAACUGGGAAGCUAGCGCUUCUUCACAAGGGAAACCCAAAAGUCUUUGGGAGGAACUAGCGGAAAUUGGGGAAGAGUUUGUGGAGUUUCUUGAGAAAGAACUUAACAUAAGCGAUGAAGACAAUGAUGGAUCAAGCAAAAGUGGAGAAAGAUUUGAUUUUAAAGAAAGCUCCUCAACGGGGAAAUCGCCAGGGGAUAAUAGUAAUAGCACGGAGAACAGUAUAGAAGAGAAUAUUGAUGAGAUUGAAGCAACGCUAGCUCAGUUGAAAAAAGAUCUUGGCUUGCAAUAAUAAUAAUAAUAGUCCCAAAAGUUGCAGUGAAAUGUUCUCUUUUUUUAGCUGGUUUAGAUAUUUUGAUGUUUCUUUCUUUCAAGCCAUGAAAGAUUUUGUCUCUACAGGUGUUAAGAACGUGUAUAUGUUAUAGAAUUUUGUUUCAUGAAAGCAAAUUAUGUUUCA